UCCUUAGAACAUCUCCCAAACUUAAUCAACAUUCAAUAAAAAGUUCAUCUUGUCGAUGACAAGGAUCACUUCUCAGCAUCAGCAUCUAAUUAAUGUGGUACACUGGUUUUAACUUGCGACAUUAAAAUAUAUAUUCUCAAACGUGGUUCACGAAAAGUUCAUCUUUGUUUAUUUAAAUAGUAUUGCUUUAGUUAUUGUUCCUGAACACAAUCUAAUUUCGUGAUUCACAUUACCCUAAAUAGAAGGAAGAAUAAUAUAACAAAGAUAUGUCUGAAUCCAGUGAAACCACCUCACCAUCAGCUACAGAUUGCAAUAGGUUGGGUAUCCAAGUAGAAGAAGCUGAGCAUGCACAAUUUCGAGACCUUUUUUCUUUGGGGCCAAAGGACAGAGCCUAUAUACGCAAGGCAGUGACCUCAGGGAAUUGGAUUGAGGCUUCAUCUUAUGAUCCAACUUAUUGGGUACAUACUCCCUUGACCAUGAAUGGAGACAUACCUCUUCACAUUGCUGUGAGCAUGCAACACAGCAGUUUUGUUGAAAAGUUGGUGCAACUUAUGAGCAUGCAAGACAUGGAAAUUGUCAAUGCAGAUGGGAACACUGCCUUUUCUAUGGCUGUCAUUUCAGGAAACAUGGAAAUCACUGCAAUUCUACUUAACAAGAACCCGGGAUUGGUUCGAAUUCGAGGCCAAAAGGAUCACAUGUUGCCAAUUCAAUUGGCAUGUAAAGCAAGUCACCCUCAUAUCGUCGAAUUUUUAUGUGAAAGAAUUUCAAUGGAUACUCUACCCUCUCAUCAAGACAUUGUUUUGCUGUUUUUCUUGGCACUGAACUGCAACAUUUACACUGUGGCAUUGAAAUUGUUAGAGACAUACAGGGAACUUACUACUACUACAAACGAGAAGGGAUUAACUGCAUUAGAAGUGUUAGCUCAAACAUCUAUUGAUCAGAAGGAUAGUCCUGCUGGUUACCAAGAAAUUCUGAAUUUGCUGUUUAAGUUUAUGGAAGAAGACUUUUCAAACUCUGAAGGAACUUCAAAAGCAAUGUUUGAUGCAGCAAAAUCAGGAAACAUAUUAAUUUUAAAGCUUAUUUUGGAGUACAAUCCAAAUUUGUUGACAAAAAUUAACGGUGAUGGACAAAGCUUGCUUCACGUUGCAAUUUUAUAUCGACAAGCAGCUAUAUAUCGAAUAAUAAGAAGCAAUGGUGCAUACAAAUUUGCUAAUAUGCUACAAGUUGACAAAGAAGGAAACAAUGUUCUUCACAUGGCUGCCAAAUUGGUACCUCAAAUCAAAUUUGGUUCAUUGAUAAAUCAAGCUUCUAUUCUUAGUGAAGAGCUCUGGUUUGAGGAAGUGGAGACGAGAGUUCCAGCAUCAUUGAAGACAAUGCAAAAUGAAGAAGGAGAAACGCCACAAGAAUUAUUCCAUAAAGAACACCAAACAUUAUGUGAAAGAGCUAUAUCUGAACUGAAUGGAAUGGCAAGUAAUUUUCUGAUUGUGGCAACUCUUAUGACAACUUUAGGAAUAACAGCAGGUCUCAGUGUUCCUGCUGCCAUUGAGAUUGAAGAAGGGAGUAUUCAUAAGAGGAUAUGGUACCAUACUUUUCUGCUAUCAAUUUCUAUUGGAAUAUGCUUGUCCAAUGUUGGAAUAGUUUUGUUCAUUUCAGCCAUACUACGUUCAAUAUGGAAGCAAAAAAGUGGUUACAUAAGCUCAAGGCUAACAAGGAUUACAAUUGGGCAUGUGCUGCUUUGUUUCGCUUUGGGAAUAAUGAGUACAUUUUCCUGUGUAUCUGCUGCUCUUUUAUUCUAUGGUUCAUCCCCAAAAUGGAUAAUCUAUUUUGUUGCUGCACUUGCUGUACUUCCAGUGAUCUUGUCUUAUGUAAUUUAUAGUUUUAGUUGGCCUCUCUUAGGGCACUUAGUACUUGCAUUUUGUGAGAUACCUGCACUCAGGUUACUCUCAGUAUUUGGAAUUAAGUGGUCUCCUUUCUACGAUGGUUUGUGGCUUUGUGAAAAAAAUUAUUCACAAUUUAUAGAAGAAAGUGUAAAAUCAGUGACUCCCACCAAAUACCACAAGAGUGAUAUGGCACAAUCAGGUGCAUUUACCUCCUCAACUACAAUUGACAUGCUAGACCCUCAUGGUAAGUUUAAUUAUCUAAUUAUAAUUUGUUUAAAAUAUAAUGAUACUAAGUUCUUAAGAAAAUUUUAUAUAUGUUCAGGUGCAUAUAAAAGGCAUGUAUGCAUGGCAGCCACAUUAGGGGAUUGGGGAAAGGCAUCAUCAUAUGAUGAAACUCAACCAAACUGGGUAUCUACUACUUUAACUAGGGAUGGAGACACAGCUCUUCAUAUUGCAGUAAGCAUGGAACAUAUUGGUUUUGUUGAGAAGUUAGUGGAACGUAUGAGCAUGCAAGAUUUGGAAAUUAUGGAUGCAGAUGGGAACACUUCUUUCUCUAUGGCUGCCAUUUCAGGAAAUGUUAAACUUGCAACCAUUUUACUUGGAAAAAAUUCAGGCUUGCUUUGGCUUAGAGGCCACAAAGGCAUGUUACCAAUUCAAUUGGCAUUUUCAGCAGGGCAGCCUCAUAUGGUGAAUUUUUUAUUUGAGAAAACUCAAAGUGAUGAUAUGGACACUCAUUUAUCAUACCAAGACAUUGUUAACCUGUUUUUCUUGUCCCUUACCUACAACAAUUUCACUGUGGCAUCAAUGUUGUUAAAGAGAUAUCCAGAAUUUGCUGGUGUAAAAAAUGAAAAAGGGCUAACUGCAUUUGAAGUACUUGCUCAGCAAACCUUUGACAAGGAUGCUCCUGAUUAUCAACAUAUUCUCAAUUCACUGUUUAAACACAUGGUCGAAGAAGAUGAUUUUCCAAAUUCUGAAAGAAUGCCAAAAGCAAUGUUUGAUGCUGCAAAAUCAGGAAACCUCCUGAUUUUGGAAUUUAUCUUAAAGCACAAUCCAAAAUUGUUAAUGAAAAAAAAUGGCGAGGGGAAAACCUUACUUCACCUUGCUAUUUCAUAUCGGCAAGUAUCUGUGUACCAACUAAUAUUGAGCAAGGGUGCAUACAAGAAUGCUAUUGUGCAAGAAGUUGACAAAGAAGGAAAUAAUGUUCUUCAUUUAGCUGGGAAGUUGGAGGCUAAAGGAAGAUUCGGAUCAAUAAAUCAUGUUCUAAUUCUAAGUGAGGAGCUUUGGUUUAAGGAAGUAGAGAAGAUAGUUCCACCAGGAUUCAAAACAAUGCAAAAUAAAGAAAAAAUGACUCCAAAAGAAUUAUUUCAUGAGGAACAUGCAGACUUAACUGAUUCAGCAGUAUCGGAACUGAAUGAAAUGGCAAAUAAUUUUCUAGUUGUAGCAACUCUAAUUGUGAGCUUAGGGAUAACGGCAGCUCUCACUAUUCGUACUAACAACAUUCAAGGAAAGACCCCUCUCUUUCAAGACAAGAUAUGGUACAUUAUAUUUCUUUUAUCGGUUGGAUUUGGAGUAAUCACCGGUGCACUUUCUAUAGUCUUCCACACUUCAGCUAUACUUCGUUCAACCUGGAAGCAAAAAGGUUAUCCUGUCACCUCUCGCCUAAUUAGGAUUAUAUCAGGGGAUUUUAUGCUAUGUAUCUCUAUGGGAGUCAUGAUUACCAUUUCUUGUAUGACUGGUGUUGUUUUGAUCUACACCUUCUUCCCCAAAUGGAUCUUUUUACUUGCUGCUGUAUUUUGUGUUAGUCCAGUGAUCUUGGUAUUUGUUGUGUACGUGUAUGUUUGGCCUCUCAAGUUGGUCCUAUUACUAGCAUUGCUUGAGAGAGUAACAGGGGGAAUGUUCUAUAGAUUUGGGAUUAGGUGGACUGCGUUUGACUACAUUGGUUAGUGAGUCAGAUGAGGCUUUGUGUAACCAAAAUAAAUAAGGUUUUGUGUGAAAAAUGUAAUAAGGUAUUGAAAAUAAAAGAUAUUAAAGCAGAAAUUCUCACU